AUGAAAAGUGAGAUUAUUCUGAUUUUAAAAGAAAAAGUUUUAUAUAAGAAUAUAACUAUUGGUUUCAUCAAUAGAAAACGAAGACCAUUUGCUAAUGUACAUCAGAUAAAGUGUUCAUGCUGGUUGAUUAGUAUUGUUGUCCUUCUCGGCGCAGCCGCUAUUGCAGCUAUGGGAGUUGGUGUUUUUGUCCUAGUUCUAAAUAAUACAAAAGCCUCGUCAAUCAAUCAUAGUUCAACUACUGUGACCACAAUUACGACAGAUACAACAACCACAGCUGCAACAACCACCACGACUGUUAGCACUACUACAAGUAAAGCAUAUAUCUAUCAUUUAAUAAGAGCUCAGCUUGAAACUCAUACUCUAACGCAUACUAUAAUAAGCUCAUUUUUAUGA